AUGUUUCACUUCAUGCGGCCGGCCCCCGGGAGCGCUCCCCUCGGGGGACCGGGCGGACUUCGGCAACGGCAACUUAUCCGUGCACGAGGAGCUCCCCAGACUCAUCCUGUUAUGAAGAACACUGCUUGCACACAGGCACAGGGUAACUGCGAGGCGUCGUCGGUAUCGUGCGUCGAGGCGAUGGACAACGUGGACCGCCUGCAGCGAGAGGUGAUCGCCGAUCUGCCGGCACACCUCAAGGAGGGAGUGCGCUACCUGGACGGCCAGUAUUCGAGGAGAGCCUUCCGCAGGGCUACCACUGCGCCGAGACCAGCUACCACCUACCGGGUGUUGUGA